UAGAAGCGUAUCAUUGACUUUAGUUUCAGUUUGAGAAACGAAGUAGUGUGCUGCGUUACAGUUGGUGUACUGUGUGAUAUUGUAGACAUCAAGUCUAGUGAAAUUUAGGGUUGUAGCGGGUUUCAUAUCCUUGAUCGAAACCACGAAAAUUGAUAUCACAAAGAUAACGGGAUUGCGUGUAUAGAUAUUGUUGUUUCACAGUCACGGCACGUGUGAACAUCGUGUGCAAAUAGCUAAAUAUUGCACCAUUCACAAAACUUUUGACCGACACGACUGACUUGUUAAAGUAAACACUCAGAUAUAGUUUUCAAGGCUUUUGCUGGAAAAGGAUGUGCUAUUAAUAAGUUAAAGAGAUGUCAAAAGCAACGAAAAGAAAACAUGUUACCAAGGAAGUUCUAGAUGAUUUUAUCCUCCCAGAAGAUGGCCAGCAAAUUGUGAAGGUAACAGCAGGCAAAGGAAACAAUCUGCAUGAAGUGGAAUCUCAAAAUCAAGACAAGUUCUUGGUCAGCAUGCCAACUAAGUUUAGGAAAAAUGUGUGGAUAAAAAGAGGAGACUUUGUCCUGGUACAGCCUAUUGAGGAGGGAGACAAAGUUAAGGCGGAGAUUGUAACAAUUUUGUACAAAGAGCAAAUUAAGUACAUCAAGAGCGAAGGACUGUGGCCGGCUGUGUUUGAAAGUGAGGAGACUAAAAGCAACAGUAUGAUUUCUGACGACCUCCUGCCUCCCAGCGACGACUCUGACGAGGACAAUACAUGUGACAGUGUUAUGAACAUUAACAGGAAGCAGGUCGCUGUGUACGACGAGAGCGAUGAAAGUGACGAUGAAGACGGCUGAGAUGGAUCUCAACAAGUCUUUUAAUUUUGACUCCUACUUAUUUGAACACCGGGACAAUAUCAAUGUAAUGAUAUACAAUGUAGCAUGUAUUUGAUACACAUAUGAUAUGUGCAAAAACAACACAUGAUAUUGCCAAUCAUAUGUGCAAAAACAACACAUGAUAUUGCCAAUCAUAUGUGCAAAAACAACACAUGAUAUUGCCAAUCAUAUGUGCAAAAACAACACAUGAUAUUGCCAAUCAUAUGUGCAAAAACAACACAUGAUAUUGCCAAUCAUAUGUGCAAAAACAACACAUGAUAUUGCCAAUCAUAUGUGCAAAAACAACACAUGAUAUUGCCAAUCAUAUGUGCAAAAACAACACAUGAUAUUGCCAAUCAUAUGUGCAAAAACAACACAUGAUAUUGCCAAUCAUAUGUGCAAAAACAACACAUGAUAUUGCCAAUCAUAUGUGCAAAAACAACACAUGAUAUUGCCAAUCAUAUGUGCAAAAACAACACAUGAUAUUGCCAAUAUGUAUGUAUAUAUAUGUACACUGUACAUUGGGUAUGUAAUAAAUGUGUUAUUUUGAAUGGCCUUUUUCGAAAUUGCAAAUGAAAUUAUUUAGCUGCUGUCAAUGCAGCUGCACAUUAAAUUGUUCCAAUUGUAUUGACAACAUCGGAAAUUACUCCAACAAUGUUAGAGGUUUUAAACGGCGAAAAACUUUUGACAGG